ACACACACACACACACACACACACACACACACUCACCCACUCACCCUCAGGCCUGCUGACUGCACUGGGGAAGGGAAGAGGGAGCCAGGCAGCCUCGGGUGGCCCUGCCCAGGGUCUGGCGCCACUAAACCUGCACUUUCCGGUUUAGGAAGCCAGGGAACCAGGAAAGGGAGCGGCGGCGGGAGGCGCGGAGCGCGGGCGCCGGGAAGAUGCUGCAGUCCCUGGCCGGCAGCUCGUGCGUGCGCCUGGUGGAGCGGCACCGCUCGGCCUGGUGCUUCGGCUUCCUGGUGCUGGGCUACCUGCUCUACCUGGUGUUCGGCGCCGUGGUCUUCUCGUCCGUGGAGCUGCCUUACGAGGACCUGCUGCGCCAGGAGCUGCGCAAGCUGAAGCGGCGCUUCCUGGAGGAGCACGAGUGUCUGUCGGAGACGCAGCUGGAGCAGUUCCUGGGCCGCGUGCUGGAGGCCAGCAAUUAUGGAGUGUCGGUGCUCAGCAACGCCUCUGGGAAUUGGAACUGGGACUUCACCUCGGCGCUCUUCUUCGCCAGCACGGUGCUCUCCACCACAGGCUACGGCCACACGGUGCCCUUGUCAGACGGCGGCAAGGCCUUUUGCAUCAUCUACUCCGUCAUCGGCAUCCCGUUCACCCUCCUCUUCCUGACGGCCGUGGUCCAGCGCGUCACCGUGCACGUCACCCGCAGACCCGUCCUCUACAUCCACAUCCGCUGGGGCUUCUCCAAGCAGGUGGUGGCCAUCGUCCACGCCGUCCUGCUGGGGUUCGUCACCGUGUCCUGCUUCUUCUUCAUCCCAGCCGCCGUCUUCUCCGUGCUGGAGGAUGACUGGAAUUUUCUGGAGUCUUUUUACUUCUGUUUCAUCUCGCUGAGCACCAUCGGCCUCGGGGACUACGUCCCGGGGGAAGGCUACAACCAGAAGUUCCGAGAGCUGUACAAGAUCGGCAUCACCUGUUACCUUCUGCUGGGACUCAUAGCCAUGCUGGUCGUCCUGGAGACCUUCUGCGAGCUCCACGAGCUGAAGAAGUUCAGGAAGAUGUUCUACGUGAAGAAAGACAAGGACGAGGACCAAGUCCACAUCAUGGAGCACGACCAGCUGUCCUUCUCGUCCAUCACCGAGCAGGCGGCCGGCCUGAAGGAGGACCAGAAACAGAACGAACCUUUCGUGGACCCCCAGUCGCCGCCCUAUGAGGAUGGCUCUGUGAACCACUGAGCACGGGCUGUGGAUGUGAGGCAAGGCUGAGCCUUGACUGUGUCCGUUUUUACUAGAAAGUCAAAGCCAAGAUGAUUAUCAUUUUGAGAAAUGUCGACUGUUAACAAUGUUCUAGGAACACGGAACUCUGGGUUCU